UACAUAUAGAUGCACUAAUAACCUAUACAUACAUACACAAACCCUCACAUCCCACACAAAUGUCCGAACAACAACCACCACCACCGGCAGACAACCAACCCAACGGCGGCACCGUCGGCCCUCCACCGGACACCGUUGCUUCAAAACGACACCGUAGACCCAGCGUUCGACUCGGCGACAUUGGAGAUCAACACACAUACGAUAAUAAUCAUAAUAAUAUUCGAAGAACAACAAAGCAGCACCAAUGGAAAUUUGGCGCCAAAGAUUCCAAAUCUUCGAAAACAAGACCACUAGUUAACCUAACAGGUGAGUAUCAAGAUCUUGGUGAAGAUAAUAAUGAUGAGAAUUAUAAUGUUAAUGUGAAUAAUAACAAUAAUAAUAAUAAUAUUAAUAAUGUUAAUAGUGAUAAGAAGAGGAAUGAUAAUGGUGGGGUGAUUGGGAGUUGGAAGGUUAGGGAUUAUUCGAAAUCGAAAAGGGGGUUUUCGGGUUCGAAACGGGUUAGAACAAAUUGGGGGGAGAAGUUUGAAGAUGUGGGUGUGGAUGAAUUUGAUGAUGAUGAUGAAAGUUUGAAUUUUGAGAUGGGAAAUGAGGAUUAUGGUGGUGGGAAUAGAGGGAAAGAAGCUCGGGUUGAAUUCGAUGGACCGUGGGAUAAUAAUGGUUUGGAAAGGGAUGGUGUUCGGGUGUGGUUGAAUCAGUUGGGGUUAGGGAGGUAUGCGCCGGUAUUUGAGGUGCAUGAGGUGGACGAUGAGGUUUUGCCGUUGUUGACGUUGGAAGAUCUUAAAGAUAUGGGGAUAAGUGCGGUUGGGUCGAGGCGGAAGAUGUUUUGUUCGAUUCAGAAGCUCGGUAAAGGGUUUUCGUAAUGAACGAGAAGUUAGAUGUUCCUUUGCUGUUUGAAUGCAAAUUUGUGCAUGAUAAAACGCUUUAGGCGCCCCGAAAUUGUUUUAUUUUUGCUGUUUGGAUGGCAAUUUUUAUGCAUGAUAAAAGACUUUUGACACCCAGCAGUUGCAUCACUUCAUAGUUCUAUCAUACAUGAUGCUCGCAAAUCCUCCAGUAUUUAAACGUAUGCAGUUACAAUCCAGAAAGGAUCAGGCCAAAUUGGUAAGGCGUAAGCUUUCGUUAUCUAUGUCCUCUUGGCGAGCAAUUCUGCAGUUUGUUCUCUAAUUCUCGUUAGUCAACAAUGGCCAUGAUUUUCUCUCGAUGAUGUGUUAAAGACUUCGAGCAAGUAUUAUUUGACCGUGAGUGUCGUAUGUUACACAUGUAUUUACAAACCUUUGGUUGCAAAGGGGGAAGCUAUUCAAGGCCAUUGCUCAAGUCUUGUUUGUAUGUUCACAAGACAUUAUGAGUGUGACACUUUUAUGUGUUUUAAGGUUCAACAAAUAGUAUUAGACUAGAACUAGAUAUAUAGAGGUUAUCAAUGUAUAGUAUUAAUCUCUAUGUUUAUAUAUCCGCUGCAGACACAAAUCUGCUGAUUACUAUGUAACCCAUAUAAGAUCUUCCUGUAAUCAUCUCGACGUCUUCCUUCCAAGAUGCGUCCUAACGAGUCAUGAGACAUUGUUGCUA